AUGGGAACGUUGCUUGGAGCUUUCAUUCUCCUUUUCAAUUAUAUUUAUAAAAAAAUAUAUGUAUAUAACUUAACGGCACGUCCCCAUGUCCACACGGCUAAGAGUGGGCGCCCCCCCCCCAUGUCAGAGCCUGGCAAGCUACACGUGUAUGUUCAUGUGCCAAAAAGUAAUAAAAAUGGGCCUCAUUCCCCAGAAGCUGAAGGAGUCCCUGAUAAGGCGACGUUGAGCCAAUGCCUCUUGUCAAAGACCUCCAAAAUUUUAGGGCUACGACAGGCCGCCUGA